UGACUGAAGUGGGUCUGGCCUGCCGAAUGCUCGCUCUACUGUCGCCUCCUAGGGAUGGACAGCUCGCGAUCGAACUGGCGGCUAUGCUGCGAGACUUGUGUGCGAAACUGCCAGACAAGCAAUCUUGCCGAAACCUUACCCGCUAUUUAGGCUCGCUAGAGGCUAUGGAGCGGGCAAGUCUCAACAAGAUGUCGAAUACAGGUAUUACUGAAAGAACAAUGCAAGGCGAAGAUACUAUAGGUCCUAUAGGACGAGCAACGACAUCCUUACCGCAUCCACUCGCGCGUAGCACACACGUCGUUAUCAACGAAACCGUCGAAGAAGAAGUAGAGAUUGACGAGACCACGCCUCCAGAAACUGUAUCCAGGAUUGAAGAGCAACCACCAGUAGAGACAAGCAGCCCUAAAUCAAACCGACCGUCCUUGGAAAUUGAGACGAGCGACAAAGUAGACGACGCUCCUUCAGAUUCCAGCAGCAGUGGGGUGUCGCCUUUGAAGAAGCCUAAAGUUACUAAAAGCAAGAAAAAGAAACUAUCAAUCAAUAAACAAGCUAGCACAGAUAGUACGAAGGGUACUAAAAAGGGCAAAGAGCCUAAAGGCAAAGCGAAGGUCCAACCGGAUACUGAAAAAAGCGGCGUCAAGAGAAGCCGAUCGCAACGGUCUUUGGUGGACGUUGAUAGAGCACUAAAAGCAAAAGCCGACGCAGCGAAGGACAAAAAAGACAGUUCGCCAAACGAGUCUUUGCAAUCCCCGCCGCUCGACCUAGAUGUCUCAAACGUGACCAUACGGAAAUCCACGAGGGGCCUACAGUCUGCUUCUAGCACGGAAUCUAAUGGAUCCACCAAGAGCCGAACGAAGAAGGAAGAACCGAAGAGAAAAGUUAAAGGUAAAGCGGCAGAAGCGAAAGCGCCACAACCAACGAGACCAGUGAUCCGCGCGUCUACGGAAUCCGCUCGCAGCAGUAUGGACAGCUCCCAGAAUUCUGUCUUUGAGGAUUCUGCGAACGAGACCGAACUACACACUAUCGUCUACGAGAAGGAAAUCGAACAAUCCGUCCUGAACGACUCAAGUGAACUCAUGGACAGCAAGCAAGUGUCGAAAGGCAACGUCACCAUUCCUGAAACACCGGAUGCCAGCGACGAAUCUGAAUCGGAACCCGAGCCCGUUAUAGAAAAACCAAAGAACAAACGCAAUGGUAAAAAGAAAUAGUGAAGUGAUUUUAACAUUUAGUGCCAAUUGGAUAAAGUGCCCAUAUUAUAUUUAAGUUAAACGAUAAUACAUUUGAUUUAAGUAGAA